AUGGCCAUGGCCAAUAACGUCCCUAUCUUCCUUACGCUCCUUACCAUCUCCGCUUCGGCAGAUCCAUUCCAUGUUCCCCUCGCUCGUCUAGCACAGCGUAGCCCACUCAAUGUCAACAAAGAGGCGUUGAAAUUGAAGUACAAGUAUGGCUAUCUCAGUCCACACGAGUCCCGUAAGCCACCUGCUCGAGUCACUGCUGGUAGAAGAGCGACCAGCGUUGGAAUUCCAGUGACCAAUCAGGACCACGACGCGAGUUAUUUCGGAGCUAUAACAAUUGGCACACCUCCCCAGAAAUUCAAUGUUAUUUUGGAUACAGGGUCUUCCGAUUUAUGGGUCGCCGACACUACAUGUCAGGAGUGCAGCUCAUUAACUGGAGAUUGCGAACCUUGUGACUCUAGGACUCCUCUUUUUGAUGCUUCAAAGUCAUCUACGUUUGUAACUCCAAGUGGAAGUGCAAUUGGCUCAAAAGUACCGAUACGAUACGGCUCUGGAGAGGUACUAGGCUCACUGUCAUCGGAUUCCGUCACGAUGGGUGGCUUUACGAUCCCGUCGCAGACUUUCCUAUCUGUAUCAUCGUUAACUCCAGGUCUCGUCGAUGGCUCUAUAUCUGGUAUAAUGGGCCUUGCGUUUGCUACUAUCGCCAGCACACGCUCUACACCGUUUUGGCAAGCACUUGGGCCUGACCAGCUAUCUUCCCCAGAACUCUCGUUUUGGCUUCAGAGGUCCGACGAUGCGCGCCAAGUAGAGACCGCUGGCGGUGUCUUUACCUUGGGCGGAAGAAAUACCACCCUUUUCAGUGGAGACGUGGAGUUUCUUAGUAUUCCAGUCAGUCAGCCAACAUUCUGGCUUCAGACUCUGACGUCUGCUACUGUCAACGGAAAAUCGGUAUCGAUCACUUCAGAUACUUCGCUUUCAGCGAUUGAUACUGGAACCACUCUCAUUGGUGGUCCGUCUCUCGACGUUGCCGCUAUUUGGGCAGCAGUGCCGGGUGCUAAGCCAGCCAACGAUGAUAACCCAGGAUUUUAUGUGUUUCCUUGCAAGACAGACGUUACUGUGUCUCUUUCCUUCGGUGGGAAGCUGUGGCCUAUCAGCACGCAGGACAUGAAUUUCGGUCCUGAAACUCCUCGAAGUCAGAUGUGUUUAGGUGCCAUCUUCGAUCUUACGCAGGGCACCAAUAUCACGCCAAGACCGGGCACCCCAAGCUGGAUUAUUGGAGACACGUUUUUGAAAAAUGUAUACACUGUAUUCAGAGCACUUCCUCCAUCUGUUGGAUUUGCUGAAUUGUCGAGUGUCGCGGGGGGAACGCUUACCAGUCCAGGAACAGGACCUACAUUAGGAGGGACAAGUCCAGCAGGGAUACCAUCAGAUGCACCUGGCGCAUCAAAUCCGCUAUCCUCCAGAGGAACGUCAAAUUUAGGGAGUGUAACAAUAGCAGAACACUUUGUAUACAUAGUGUUACUGUUGGUUUCCGGUGCUUCCAUAAUAUUCUCCCUGUAA